CCUGUGCGAGCAACAGCACAGUCACAUUUGCAUCAAGUGGAUACAAAUUGAACGUUCUGUGCUGCGUCACUACAUUCCACUUUUAGGAGAUCUCUCCAAACUAAUCAUGCCGGAACCAUCCGUCAAAGCGCCCAAGAAGGGCUCCAAGAAAGCCGUCUCUAAGGCCGUCAGCAAGACCGGCAAGAAGAAGAGAAAGACCAGGAAGGAGAGCUACGCCAUCUACGUGUACAAGGUGCUGAAGCAGGUCCACCCCGACACCGGUAUCUCCUCCAAGGCCAUGGGCAUCAUGAACUCGUUUGUGAGCGACAUCUUUGAGCGCAUCGCCGGCGAGGCCUCCCGUCUGGCUCACUACAACAAGCGCUCCACCAUCACUUCCAGGGAGAUCCAGACCGCCGUGAGGCUGCUGCUGCCCGGGGAGCUGGCCAAGCACGCCGUGUCUGAGGGCACCAAGGCCGUCACCAAGUACACCAGCUCCAAGUAAACCUGCUGGGACACCAACAACACAACGGCUAUUUUAAGAGCCACCUACUUCAUCUAAAGAGCUCUUCCUGUUACUACCAGUGCGUUAUACUACAUUAAUUAAUUUCAAAAAUGCUUAAGUUAACUAUAGUAACAGAGGAUGAACUGUAGAAUAAAUGUGAGAAGUUCAGUAAACUCUCACAGAGAGGACUGGAUGAGAAACUGGACACAAACCAGUAGAAAUUAUUAAAAAGGAGCUCCACAGUGUUACAGGUGAAUGACUUUCACUCUGAAAUAAAAUUAUGAAUUCUGUUAAUGACUGUGCUGCUACCUCAAAAUGGGAUAUGUAGGACGUUUUUGACCACAGGAUUGCACCUAAAUGAAAUAGAUUAUAGGUUCAAUGCCAUUUCACCAGUAACAUUAAACUUAUUAAAU